AUGCCCGCCUUCGACUCAUCAACAGGUGCCGGCAACGCCAGCGAAAGCGGCGCUGCGCAGAAUGAGUGGCACGAGGACACACCCCAUCUCCCAUCCUUCUACUCACCUCGGACACAAGCCCUCGAGCGCCCGGCCCCCCAGAGCGAUGACAAGACGCAAACUUCCCAAGAGCCCGAUGUCGACGAAUUGCCCAGUCUAGCUUCCACGCCCCUACGACCUCACGACCCCGCCUUCACCACUCAACCGCCGCCCUCGCUGCUUUCGCCCGCCUUCACACCCCCGGCGACCCCAGGUACAGCGACACCCACCACCGAGGCCGCCCCGCGCGGAGUGCCCGUCGACAGUUCCAUCCCUACCGGAGGCUGCGGCAGCAAGAAGCCACGCCUUCUCGAGACACUGCCCAAAGUGCAAUGCAUUGUGCGCGCGCGGAUUCCGACCGUCGCCGGGACCGAAAUGUUCCUUCACCUCUACACCGGGCGAGACCGAGAUGGACCGCAUGGUCCCGGCGCAUACACGGGCCGCCUGUUCCCCGGUCGCACAACGAGCGGCAUGGCCAGCGGCACUGGCUCCACGCCUGACUCCGCAUCCAAGGAGCAGGGGGAGGAGGCGCCGCCUGCGCCGACGGGCCCUCCGCUCGUGCGCAUCCAUUCCGAGUGCUACACCGGCGAGACGGCGUGGUCGGCGCGCUGCGACUGCGGCGAGCAACUCGACGAGGCGGCGCGGCUGAUGAGUCUGCCGGGAAACCACAAUGGCGGAAUCAUCAUCUACCUGCGACAGGAGGGUCGCGGUAUCGGCCUGGGCGAGAAGCUCAAGGCGUACAACCUCCAGGACCUAGGCUCCGAUACCGUCGAGGCCAACCUUCUGCUGCGGCACCCCGCGGACGCCCGCAGCUACGGCUUGGCGACGGCCAUGUUGCUUGAUCUGGGCCAGGACGAAGUGCGAUUGCUGACGAACAACCCCGACAAAAUUCGCGCUGUCGAAGGGCCGAACCGAGAGGUCAGGGUGCGGGAGAGGGUCGCCAUGGUGCCAUUGUCUUGGAAGGGCAAGGGUGGGUUCAAAAGCGAGGAGGUGGAGGGAUACCUGAAGACCAAGAUCGAGAAGAUGGGCCACAUGCUGGAUUCGGGCACGGUGCCUUCUUGAGAGCGAUCCUCAGGUCAAAGGGAACAUAGUUGGAUUGGGAGCAUUUAGCAUUUUGAUGGAGUUUUGCGGCAGCCCCGUUUGGGGCGCCUUCUUUGGCCUGAUAGACUUGCACAUGACAGGCAAGUGAGAGGUUGUACCAAUGAAACAAGCUU